AUGGCGUCCCUGCCCACGUGUCCUACGAUUGUGUAUUCCAGCCUUAAGCUCAUGUCACUGCAGCAGUGUGGAGCUGGUAUCAGCAGUCUGGUUAUGGCCCCAUAUGAUCCAUUAUGUUGCUCAUGUCGUCCUCUCUCAGGGUUCGACCUGUCCGUGGCGCUGGACGAUCCAGUCCCACCGACGGAGAAGCCCCAACCGAAGGCCCCGGAGAAGCCCAAAAGUGAUGGUGGGCUGGACCUUCUGGACGCCUUUGGUACAGAUGAGCCCGUAAAACCCAAGAAACCAAGUUCUGGAGAUUCUGGUGGCUUUGGACUGGAUCUGGAGGACGCUGUCGGUCCCGAUCCCAACCCCAAACCGGAUCAACCUGCCGUGAAGCCACCAAGUGGUGGAGGAGGCGGAGGCAGUUUCGGUGACUCCGACUUAUUUGAUGUUGGUGGCGGAGACUACAAGCCCGAUGGAGGCCGCCCACAUGGGGGUGGAGGGGUGGACCCCGGCUCGGAUCCUCACGGUGGAGCUGACCAGCCUCAAGAAGCUGGAUCUGGACAGAUUGCUGGCAUCGCCAGCGCCAUCGGCGUCGCUCUGCUGGGAGCAGCAACCAGUUACUUUGCCUACCAGAAGAAAAAGCUCUGCUUCAAGAUUCAAGGAGGUGCAGAUCCAGAGAAAGGCCACCAGGGGGCUCAGUCGGAUCCUCAAGUCUUCAGCAACCUGCUCAGGACGUCCUAGACGUCAGUGGACCGCCUCAACACAACUCCACUUCCUUCAACUGUCAAUCAACUGUCAAUCAACUGCCAUUGGUGAAAGGAGGCCCGUUAGAACUUCACACCAGAAACCUCUUCCUUCAGUCAACAAGCCAUCUGUCUCCCUAUGUCAUCAUGUAUGGGAUCAUUCAUAGCACAUACUGUACAUUAUUCAUAUUGUUUAUAGUACGGCACGUCGUAAAAUAAAACACCGUCGCUGCAGAAAGGUGGCACCUCGGGGUGCUUCUUCAUCCGCUGUGAACCCGGCCUCUG